ACCCCCCGAUAAUUUUCUUGGUUCUCUCCGCUUCGUUCCUCCGGCGAUGAAGCUGCCUGUUUGCCAGUUUCCGCAAUCACGCAAGAUUCUCACCGACUAUCAGGCAUUGCGUCUUCGCGGAUAGAGACAGUCAGGCCUGCGCCCGCAGGUCGCUGAGUUGUGUAUGAUGCGGUCGGGUUUUCAGAAAUCUGGGGCCAUUCCGUUCUUCGCGCUCUUGAUCUUUUCGUUGCUGAGUCUUGUACCGUCUUUGGCGAAAGAAUGGGACUAUUAUAGUCGGCCCUUUGCGCACAUUGGCUAUGUCCGCGGCGAACCUCGACAUACUUCCCGGGAUAAGGAUGGCUGGGUCGAUGUGCGAUCACCAUUCCGAAUAGCAGGCGGACAAUCGAAGCCGUGGUCGGUAGAUGAUAAACGCCCGGCGUACCUCGAUUCGAAUUCCCGGCCACGACAACCGCCCACGGAUGCGCCUCCCCGGAGCUCGUUUGAAGCCGCGGCAAUUCUGGAUAGUGAUUCGAUAACCUAUUCGGUUCAGUACUCGUCGGCCUUCAGACGCGGCGUGCGCGCUUUACAGGCUUUGAUCAUCCGGAAAACAGACGACUCGCUAGCCAUUCAUUCCUUUCCUGCCGAACGCGAUACCGCUUCUGUGGAUCAAUCCUCACCGAGUCGCAACUCACCUUAUGCGAACAGCUCCGCCAAGAUGAUACCUUCGCAUGAAGAAGACCUUUUUCUAUUUAUACCUAUUGGUAGCGGAGACCGUACGAUAUCAGAUACGACCGACCUGGUUCGAAUGCCCAAGUGGCUGUUAUCAUGUGUUUGGUCCUCAUGGCAGCAGGCCUGUCGUGUUGGCAACGAUUAUAUGGAUACCGUCACGGGCCGUGAUAGGUUUCGAGACCCCGCCGUGACAACAUCCUCCAAUUGCUCGGAAAUAGUGAAAUCAGAAGACUCGUCCCAACCUCGAGAUUCGCGGCGAGAGGCGCACCUGAAAUAUGCCUUAAACUCGGCAUCAGCAACAGAGAAGCAUGAGCAGGCCGAAGCCAGAGGUUCAGCUGCCCUCACCCAGUCUAUCGAUGCAUUAGCGCAGCCAUCUGCUGCUCCGACCGCAACGACGACUGCUAUGGAGCAGUUGAAGGUGGUUGAAGGCCAAGCUGAACCGGGGCGGGUGCGCAGUGGCAGCUGCAUGGCCAUUGUGCUAGCAAUAGUCGCAGGCGUCAUGUGGUUCUAGGCCUGGGACACCAUUGCGCUGAGUCUUGCAGUGGACGCAUCCGAGCAUCUGGGCUCUGUCCUACCACGAAUCCUGAAUGCUGAGGCGAGGGAGGUCGCUCCCGCGCAGUUUGAGAUUGCGCACCCCUUCUCCUGCUCCGAUGCAGGUCUUUCUCUGGUUUUUCUUUUAUUUUC